AUGAGACCUACACAAUUUGUUUUGAACGCUGCUAAGAAGAAGUCUGGUUUUUCUGUUCCAGUUGAAUUAACUCCAUUGUUUUUGGCUAUGGGUGUUGCUUUGGCUUCCGGUACUUGGUUCUCUUACAAGAAGUUCUUCCACGAUGACUCCUUGAGAGUUAGUAGAAAGAACCCAGAACAAUCUGCUCUAGACAAAGUCUUGAACCAAAAGGCAGAAUAA